GCGCACUACCGCUGCACGAACUUCGCAACGACGAUUAGCGAGUUCCGCAACUGCAACACCGUGCUUAUACAGCCUAUCUACAGAGAGUGGCAGUUGGAUUAACGUGACCAAAAUGGCCAUUGCUGAGAACUACGAUGAGAUCCUCAAGGGCAAAUAUCCAGCCAAAGAGCAUGCGAGAAAGGUCAAGGAAUGGUUGGUGAGCAAAGGCGGGGAUAAGAAUGGCACAAUUUAUCUGGAGGCUCAGAAGCAAAAGCUGAAUGAGGAUAACGAUGGAGAAGCGCCGUUCCGACAGCGACGCUACUUUUUCUAUCUCAGUGGCUGCGAACUCCCAGACGCGUACCUCAAAUAUGAGAUGGCCACUGAGAAGCUGACACUUUACAUUCCUCCUGUACACCCGGAUGAGGUCAUCUGGUCAGGUCUGCCAAUGAGCCCAGAGGAAGCAAAGGCGAAAUAUGAUAUUGACGAGUGCUUCACCACCGACGAGCUAAACUCGCACCUUGCCAGCACAUCCGAGUCAUCACAAUCGACAAUUUAUGCCAUCCCAGAACAGGUAUCCGACCAUGUUACCUUCAUCGCAUUCAAGGAAAAGGAGUUUACCCAACUCAAAACGGCCAUUGAGUACUGCCGAGUUAUCAAGACGGACUACGAGGUUGCGCUUAUCCGCAAGGCAAACGUCAUUUCUACUGCAGCUCACGUAGCCGUCAUGAAGGCCGCUUCCAAGGCGCAAAACGAAUGCGAACUCGAAGCAGUUUUUCUCAAGGCCUGCGUCGAGCGCAAUGCAAAGAACCAGGCCUAUCACUCGAUUGUCGCUGCAGGGGAGCACGCAGCCACACUGCAUUAUGUCCACAAUGCUGCGCCAAUUACAAAUCAGAACCUUUUGCUGUUGGAUGCUGGAUGCGAGCUCGACUGCUAUGCGUCAGAUAUCACACGUACAUUUCCUAUCAAAGGCACAUUCACAGCCGAGUCUCUGGCCAUCUACAAGAUUGUUCUUGACAUGCAGCUGCAAUGCAUCAAUGCACUCAAGGCUGGCGUCGUGUGGGACCAUGUCCACGAACUUGCUCACAAGAUUGCUAUCAAGGGGCUUUUGGAUCUUGGUAUCUUGAAGGGAGAUGCAGAGGAGCUAUUCAACAAGAGAAUCAGUGUAGCAUUCUUUCCACACGGCUUGGGCCAUUACCUUGGAAUGGACACUCAUGACACUGGCGGCAACGCAAACUAUGCGGACAAGGAUGUCAUGUUUCGAUAUCUGCGAACACGAGGGGCGCUACCAGAGCGUAGCGUGAUUACUGUUGAGCCCGGAAUCUACUUUUGCAAGUUCAUCAUUGAGCCGUAUCUCAAGGAUGAAGAGAAGAAGAAGUACAUUGACGAAAGUGUGUUGGAUAAGUACUGGACAGUGGGAGGAGUCCGAAUUGAAGACAAUGUUCUCAUUACGAAGGACGGGGUGGACAAUCUGACGCCGACACCCAAGGAUGUUGACGACAUCACCCAGCUGGUCAAGUCUGCAUAGGUUUGUGAAAUACGUUUAUGGCGAGGCAAAGCCAUGCCCAGCGCAUAUAGACAUGAAUUUAUUGUUUCCGAUGAACGA